AUGUUCAACACUGUCUUGUGCAGCUUUGACACUCGUUGCAACCAACAAGACAUGCAUGCUCUCUUAAACUUCAAGCAAGGAGUUACAGAUCCCUCAGGUGUCCUUUCCUCAUGGACCACUCAACUAGAUUGUUGUCAUUGGAAAGGUGUCAUCUGUAGCAACAUCACAAGUAGAGUCACUGGAAUCUCUCUCCCAUGUUCUACAACUCUUCCAAUUUACAGGGACGAAGAAGAUAAAUCACAUUGCCUUACAGGUUCCAUUAACCUCUCCUUGUUGUUAGUGGAGUUGGAAUUUUUAGAUUACCUUGAUUUCACAAACAAUGACUUCUUAGCAUUACAAUUUGAUUAUAUGCACAAUCAUAAUUGUCAUAACCUAUCUAUACCUACUUCUCUUCGUCAGUGUGUCAACUCUUCAACUUUCCGUCAUCUUGAUUUAUCACUUAACCGGAAUCUUGUUAUCAAUAACCUUAAAUGGCUUCCCUACAUUUCCUCACUGGAAUAUCUUAACCUCGAUGAUAAUGAUCUUAGCAAAGAAACUAAUUGGCUUCCAUUAGUGACUAUGCUUCCAUCACUUUCAGUCCUUAGUAUGAGUAAUUGUCAGCUUAAAGACUUGAGUUUGUCUCUCCAGUAUGCCAAUUUUACUGCCCUCCAGGUUCUUGACCUUUCUGACAAUGAAUUCAAGUCAGAGUUACCUAAGUGGCUAUUCAAUCUUAGUUCCACUAUCCAUAGUUUAUACCUUAGCUCAUGUUCUUUAAUAGGACAUCUACCUAAAGAUUUGUUAAAUCUUCAAGAACUGGAAGACCUGGUUAUGAUUGACAAUAACUUUGAUGGACCCAUUCCAGAUUGGUUAGGUCAUUUCAAACAUUUAAAAACUAUUAAUCUUAGUUUAAACAUGUUUUCUGGAUCUAUUCCUACAAAUUUGGGAAAUCUAUCAACCUUGAUUACCUUGGGUGUUGGCUUUAAUACAUUAACAGGAGUUGUGUCUGAGAGAAAUUUAGCCAAAUUGUCAAAAUUAAAGUCAUUGUAUAUAUCUUCAUAUUCCACGUUAAUCUUUGAUUUUGACUCGGAUUGGAUUCCACCUUUCCAACUUGAGGAAUUAAUACUUAAGUUUUCAAAUCCCGACCUUCCUGCGUGGUUGUAUACACAACGAUCUAUUGAAAGUUUAAUUAUAUUUGAAUCAUCAUUUGAGGCUCCACUCAAAUUUUGGAAUUUGGUAUCAUCAGUGAUUGAACUCGUAUUACAAGAAAACUCGAUAGUUGCGAACAUGUCAAAUGUGUUGUUGAACUCUACCCUCAUUGUUCUGGAUUCGAAUGGUUUGAAAGGUUGCUUGCCUCAAUUAUCACAACAGGAAACAUACCAGAUUGGAUAUCUCAUGGUGUAUUGGCUCUCGAAUUAA